AUGCCCCCUGUGGGCCCUCUCACGCUUCACCCUGAGCCAUUCACAAGCCAGGCCCGGCCACAGAUGUCUAUUCCCACCGGCCCGGCUGUGACAGCCACGCUGCCGGAUGCCAGUGCCGGCCACCCUGGUCUCCAGUGUGCGAUCACACGGUGCCAGCUGCAGAAUGCCCACCGCAGCCGUGACGCUCUGGAUGCCGACCUCACGCAGGGCCGCCGCCUGGCAGAAUCCCUGCCUGUGGUGCCCGGGCGGGCACAGUGGCUUGGCCCCGACCCACCUGGUCCCCACCGCCGCUGCGGGCCCACAAAGCCCACCUCCUGCAUCUGCCCUCCAGGCCCACGGGCACCUGGAACGGGGGGCAGCGUGGCCGGGCUGGGUGUCCGAGGGAAGGGCCGCCUUGGCUGGGUGUCCAGAGCCCAGGCCUCAGACCCACCGGGGCCUGGGGUGCUGUGGCCUCCCCAGGUGCCAGGGGCUGACAGCUGGUUGCUGGGAGAGCCUGGGGACACCCCAGCAUGGGCCGGCAGCCUGCAGACGGAGCUGAGUGAGCAGCAGCGGCUGCAGAUCUCCAAGGAGUUGGUUGACCUUCAGAUCACCACCCACCGCCUGCAGGAGCAGCACGAGGCUGAAGUCUUCCAGCUGCAGAGGGAGGUCCUGCGGCUGGAGCGUCGGGUGCUGGAGCUGGAGCUAUACCGAGAUCACGCCAGCCACAGAGCCCCAGCAGACUCUCACCAGGGGUGCUGCCCAAUACCGGCACAGGAGUUCAGCCACAGAACUCAGGAGCACCAGAGACCCCAGGUCACCGUGAGCACGUGGAGGGCUGGGUGCGGGGUGCCGCCGCCAGGAGUCGGGGGACACCUGCGGGAAGAUGGGACCCGGGCACAGCAGGCCCUGCGGGAACGAGUGGCAGCCCUGGACCGGCAGCUGCAGGGAACCCAAGAAGAAGCCAGGGCGGCCGGGCAGCAACUGGCCGCACAAGCUAUGGUACUGUCCACCUGCCAGGCCCAGCUCCGCCAGGCCGAGGCUGACAACGCCCGGCUGCAGCUGCAGCUGAAGAGACUGAUGGAGGAGUAUGCCGCACGGCUGCAGCACUGUACGCAGCAGGCGGUGGAACAGGCCAGGGGUACGGGCCAGGCUUCCCUGCGGACAUUCCUGGAAGCCACUCUGGAGGACAUCAGGGCAGCGCACCGCAGCCGUGAGCAGCAGCUGGCACAGGCCGCCCGGACCUAUCGCAAGCGCCUGGCAGACUUAAGUCGUAGGCACGAGUUGCUGCUGACCACUUGCAGUGUGCAGCAGGAACGGCCCCAGGCACCGACGGACCCCAGCAAGGCACUGGAGACCCCCGGGGCCACCUGUGCGGCCGAGCCUGGCCACCCAAGGGACGAUAAGUGCCGCAGCCUCGGGGGCUCACUUCUGUGCCCAGAGAAAGGACCUGGUGAAGGCUCCCAGGGGACGUCACGGCCGCUGGGCCUGGCCACUGUGUCCUGGGCCGAGAUCCACCAGAAGCUCCGGGACUUCUCCAGGAACACCCAGGCGGAGCUGGAGCGUCAGCAGGCCCAGCUGCUGGUCCGGGCCACGGUGGCGGAAGAGCAGCUUGCUGAGUUACAGGAGUACGUAGACCAGCACCUAGGCAGGUAUAAGCAGGAGAUCCUGAGACUGCGGACGCUGGUGGGUUCUGAGGACCUCCGGAAUGGAGAGGCCCCACCUCCAGCCAGGCCCCGGCACCCGAGCACACGCAGCACCCGCUAGCCGGUCUCCGAGGGCAGCCGGC